AUGGAACUAUUCUCAACUAAUCUCAAGGUCCUUGUCAUUCAUCAUGACACUGUUGUUCUUAAUGAAAUUCAAGAAAUGUGUGAUAGAUAUCAUUAUGUAGUAACCAAAUGCACUUCAGCUUCUUAUGCUUUUAAUCUUCUCGUGGAAAGGUGUGGUUAUUUUGAUAUGAUGCUGAUUGAUGUUUGUAUUGCAAACAUGGAUUCUUAUAGCUUUGUUCAAUAUGUAACCCUACAACACAAAAUCCCUGUCAUUGUGAUUUCUUCUGAUGCGACAAAAAGUUCUGUCCUAAAGUCUAUAAUUCAUGGCGCCUGUGAUUAUUGGGUUCAACCUUUGCAUGAAAAACAAUUCAAGACUAUGUGGCAACAUGUUGUCAGAAAAACUUUGAUGGAGAAUAAAGAAGAUGAAGAUCCUGGAUUCUUGAAUGCGCAACUCCAUAAAGAACCUGGACUUGUUGAAAUCUUGGAGACUGAUAGUCAUAAAGAACAUCACGAUCUUGGAUUCUUGAAGGUUCGAAGUGCUAAAGAACCUGAACUUGUUGAAAUCUUGGAAACGGAAAGUCAUAAAGAAGAUGAAGUUCUUGGAUUCUUGGAACCACAGAGCCAUCAAGAACAUGAAGUUUUUGGAAUCAUGGAGGGUCCUCGGCAUGAAAGAAAACGGGAGAGAGAAGAUGAUAAAGCUGGAAAAGAAAGAGGUGCAAAAAAGAGUCGGCUAUCAUGGACGCCGGAACUGCAUCAACAGUUUGUAAAUGCUGUGAACCAACUUGGCGUAGAUGAGGCAAAACCUAGAAAGAUUCUGAAAAUGAUGGGUGUUUCUGGUUUAGCAACAGCACAGGUUGCAAGUCAUUUGCAGAAGUAUAGAAAUUAUUUGAAGAGACCAAAGUCAAAGAAAAGUCCAACAUGGUUAGAAUUUGAAUAUGCUAAGUCAAUGAUAGAACAAGACCAAAGUCCUCAACUCAAUUCAACUCUUCAAACUGAUAAUAUCUAUGAAACACAACAACAUACAAAUGAUGUUACUACUAAUUAUCAUCAAGUUUCCGACAUUGGCUGCAAUUAUGAAACACAAAAGCUUUCAACUGAUGUUGGAGACUAUGGAGUCUCGGACAUUAUGAACGAUUUUCCUGAUUCAACUCAAUCAAUGUUACAACAGGACCUAAAUUCAACUCUUCAAAGUGAUAACAAUUAUGAAACACAACAACAUCCAACAGAUGUCGGCGAUUAUCGAGUCUCGGACAUUAUGAACAACGAUUUUCCUGAUCCAUCUGACUUGCUCUUUGAUUUAGAUGAUGAGUUAAUAUCAUUAAUAUUUUAA